GGGCGUCUUGCACGGGCACGCGCAGACAGCAGAGAGCAGCUGCAGCGGCCAGACGAGCUCGCGCGCGCGUGCGUCCCACUGCAUAUACACCAAAUACACCUCCUCGACCACCCAUACAGAGCUCCUGAAUUAACCGCUGUUUAAACAUGGUCGACCGCGAGCAGCUGGUUCAGAAAGCCAGACUGGCCGAGCAGGCUGAGAGGUAUGACGAUAUGGCUGCUGCCAUGAAAUCGGUAACAGAGUUGAACGAGGCCCUUUCCAACGAGGAGAGGAACCUGCUCUCUGUGGCCUACAAGAACGUGGUGGGCGCACGCCGCUCCUCCUGGCGCGUCAUCUCCAGCAUCGAGCAGAAGACCUCCGCCGACGGCAACGAGAAGAAAAUCGAAAUGGUCCGCGCUUACCGUGAGAAAAUCGAGAAGGAGCUGGAGGCCGUGUGCCGAGAUGUGCUCAACCUCCUCGACAACUUCCUGAUCAAGAACUGCAACGACACCCAGCACGAGAGCAAGGUCUUCUACCUAAAGAUGAAGGGUGACUACUACCGUUACCUGGCGGAGGUGGCCACAGGUGAAAAGAAAGCCACGGUGGUGGAGUCUUCUGAGAAGUCCUACAGCGAGGCCCAUGAGAUCAGCAAAGAGCACAUGCAGCCUACGCACCCCAUCCGUCUGGGUCUGGCGCUCAAUUACUCCGUCUUCUACUACGAGAUCCAGAACGCACCCGAGCAGGCCUGCCAUCUGGCCAAGACGGCUUUCGACGACGCUAUCGCCGAACUGGACACCCUGAAUGAGGACUCCUACAAAGACUCCACGCUCAUCAUGCAGCUCCUGCGAGACAACUUGACGCUCUGGACGAGCGACCAACAAGACGACGAGGGAGGCGAAGCCAACAAUUAAACACUGAAGAAAAGAGAAAAUCUUUGAGACCCUUUUCCUCUCAGCCGUAACAUAAAACACGCGUGCUCACACAACAAAGAAAAACUAAAAAAGUAUAAGUUAAAUGAAAAAUUCACAAAAGGGGGCAUAUGAUGGAACUGUGUCAGCCAUGUUUGCUGAUUGCAAAGCAGCGCAGUUUUCUUUAUUAUCCACAAAAUUAUAAUUGAGAGAAAUAUGCUAGUUAUAAAGAACAGUAUAUCAAAAAAUUAUAAUUAAGAAGUAGCUUAAAAAGAAUAAAUUAAACCUCUCGUUCUGGAACGUUGACUCUACACUUUGAGGAAGAAGCUUGUCAGUACGUCAGUCGUUUCUAAAUGCCUGAAGGGUUGAGCUGAACCCACCAUAGGUACUGAUCGUGUAGUGAAAUAUGAAGUGGAGCUGCUUAUAUUCAUUUACAUUGUGAGUAAAGAGUACUUUAAAGCGACAAGAGUGGGCUUAAAAAAAAUAAGUGAAAACUUGAAAUGUUCUCACCUCGCAAAAGUAGGUAAGUAUUUGCAAACAGGCUGCACUUGGCGUAAAAAGUCGUGUUUUUGUCUGAUAUACGUUUAUAGGGUACAAAAUGGCACCCACUAAUGUUUGAAAGUCAUUUACGUCAAACUGGUUAUCUGUGCCAUUUAUGAUACACAUCGUUAGUAUGCAUCUCACCGCGGAACUACACAAAACUACUGUAUUACAGUAAUGUUGAUUAGGUAAAUAACAAUUAUGACUUCCCUACUAAAUAUAUUGCCUUUUCAAUCCAAAGCUAAAACUUUUUUCCAAUAAUUUUUAUUAUCAUUAUUAUUAUUAUGGAUACCUUUUGAAAAAUUAUCAAGCCUGACCCACACUGUACAAGAAAAAUUUGAUUUGAUUUUUAAUGUACUGAAGAGUUGUUCUAAACAUUAUCAAGAAAAAACAACAACAACAACAAAACAAAAACAAAUGAGGCAAGAAAUGAAAUUCACAAAAAGAAAGAAAAAACUAAAAUGCCCAAUGCUUAGCAGAAACGGUUUCUCAGUGUAGGACAACUACAGCUCCAAUAUUCUUCAUAAUACAAUAUUGUGCAUGCUGGUGAUGUAUUUAUAUACCAUAGCUCGACUUUAUUAACUUUAAAAACUGUAGAUGUUAUGUAUUCAUAUGAACAGUAAAUGACAAGUAUUAAAUCUGAUUAUUUUCUAUUUAUUACUUUCUAUUGGAUUGUUUCAAUCUCUUAUGAUUUUUUUCCUUGCUGAAGUACGCUAUACCAAAAGUGUGUGUUUACCAUGAAUUAAUCUGUUAUGGAUGUUGCUCUAGUGACAUGUGAUUCUUGUAUUUGGUUUUUAAUAAAAAAGGAAGGGAAAAAAAGAGAGAGAGAAAUCACCACUUCUGGUGUUUUUUUGUCACGGUAAAUUAUGAUUACAUUGUGAAACAAUUAAUGUACUUCUUAAAAUUCCUUUUCUGUGCUUUAUUCUGUUAAAUUCUACUGUGAGAUAUUUGAGAUGUGCUGUAAUAUCAGAGUUUUGUUUUUUUUUUCUCCUCAGAAUCUGUUUAUGUAAGAACAGGGAACCUAUUCUUAUUAUUUCUGUUUUUUUUUCCUCGUCUAAUGGUAUCUUAAAUGUAAGUCUAGUAGCGGUUGCACAAAAGAAACAAUGAUAAUAAUAAUGAUAAUUAAAGAAUAAAAAAUGAAUGUGCUCUUCUAACCUCCA